AUGAAUGACGGACUUUUAGACCUCACCUUUGGCUGCAACAGAAACUACACAGAAGAAUUUGAACAAGAUAAGCACUAUGGUCUGGUGUCAUAUAGCGUAGAAAACGAAGAGGACGCAAUCCGCAAGGAACUCAUGACGUAUGGCCCCAUCGAAGUAGCUUUUAAAGUGUACACGGAUUUUUUCCACUACAAAAGGGGUAUUUACAAGCACACUGCGGGUUUCUUUGCUGGAGGACACGCCGUAAAGCUCAUUGGCUGGGGGAAGGAGAAAAAAACUCCUUAUUGGCUAAUUGCUAAUUCUUGGGGAGAAGACUGGGGUGAGAAAGGACUUUUCAAAAUUGUCCGCGGCACGAACGAAUGUGGUAUUGAAGGAUAUGCUGUGGCAGGAAUACCCAAAAUUUAG